AUGGCUUUUUCUCCACAUGCUUCCUUUGCUCCCUUACUUGCAUCACUAAACAUUCCACAAAGCAAUGAUUCUCCUGUUAACAAGCGCUUGUUUAACAAACAAACCAUUGUUCUUCGUGAUCAUACAUUACUUUCCACUCACUUUAAACCCAAUCGUUCCAAGAACCAAUCUUUCAUUUUAACAGAUGAUAUUGGGCAUGAAGCUCCAGUUAAAGGGAGGAUUUUGAAGCAUGUUUUGAGAGAAAUAGGAGACCCUUGGGAAUGUUUGAAUCUAAUUGAUGCAACCCAACGCCUUGGCAUUGAUUAUCAUUUCCAAGAGGAAAUUCAAGCUAUUCUGCAAAGGCACUACGUAUUGUUUAAUGCUGUUCAAUUAAAUUCAGACACUGAUCUCCACAUGACUGCCCUCCUUUUUCGACUUUUCAGACAACAUGGGUACCUCGUGUCGUCAGAUGUGUUUGAAAGUUUCUUGGACAAGGAGGGGAAGUUCAAGGAAGGGUUGAAAGAUGAUAUAAAGGGGCUGACGAGUUUAUAUGAAGCUUCGCAGCUAUGCAUGCAUGGAGAUGAGAUUCUUGAAGAAGCUGAAAACUUUAGCAGCCAUUGGCUAAAGGCUAAGGCUGAAGAUGAAGAGGUUGAUCAUCAUUUGGCCAGUUUUGUUCAGCAUACUUUAGCUUAUCCUCAUCAUAAAAGUGUGGUGCAAUUAAUGGCGCCUAACUAUUUGAAUGAUAUGCAAUGGCCAAACAAAUGGAUUAGUAUCUUUCGAGAUGCUGCAAAAAUGGAGCUUUACUCAGCUCAACGCUUGAGCCAACACGAACUCGCUCAAUUUACGAAAUGGUGGAAAGAAACAGAUUUGGCGAAAGAUUUGAAUUUCUCUAGAGAUCAACCCAUUAAAUGGUACGUUGCUUCACUGAUUUGCCUCAGCACAGAUUCCUUCUACUCCGAACAAAGAAUCCAACUUGCAAAAUCCAUCUCUUUCAUAUAUCUCAUCGACGACAUUUUCGACGUUUUCGGAACUCUAGACGAACUCACCAUAUUCACAGAAGCCGUUUGCAGAUGGGACAUGGCUGCUGCUGAAGGAUUACCAGACUGCAUGCAAACAUGUUUAAGAACCCUUUUUGAAGUUACUAAUGAAAUAAGCUGCCAGAUCUAUCAAGCCCAUGGAUGGAAUCCUAUUCACUCCUUACACAAAGCAUGGGCUAAAUUAUGCAACGCAUUUUUGGUGGAAGCUGAAUGGAUGAGUUCUGGGCAAUCACCAAGCGCCGAAGAGUAUCUAAAAAAUGGAGUGGUUAGCACAGGCGUCCACGUUACAUUAACACAUGUCUUCUUUUUGUUAGGCGAGGCAAUAAGCAAGGAAACUGUGGAGCUCUUUGAUGAGGAUUUAGAUAUCAUUUCAUCUAGUGCUACAGUUUUGCGGCUUUGGGAUGACAUGGGAAGUGCCAAGGAUGAGAAGCAAGAGGGGCAUGAUGGGUCGUAUUUAGAAUAUUACAUGAAGGAGCAUCCGAGUAUGUGUUACGAAGAAACGAAGCGACAUACUAUGACGCAAAUUUGUAAUGCAUGGAAGACUCUGAAUACAGAAUGCUUAUUAUCCAAUCUAUUUCCUGCCAAGUUCAAUCAAGCUUGUCUCAAUCUCGCAAGAGUGGUUCCUAUUGCAUAUAACUAUGGUAGAACCCAAUCCAUUAUGUCCCUUGAAAACCUUAUUAAACAAUUUCUCUUUCAUCAAAUGGAGAAAUUGAUUGGAAUGAUGCCUAUAAAUUGGUGGUAUCACCAAAUACAUCCCACCAUCUUACAAUAUCUUGAGCCAUUCAAGGAUUUCUUCAUCCAUCCCAUGGAAGCAGCAGCAUCAGCAAUGCUAAUAGUUGGAGUAAUUCCUCAUCCUCCUCCUCCUCCUCCAAAAGCUUCCAUGCACAAUAUGGUUCCUCACUCUCAAAAAUGGACCAUUCCUCAACAUCACUCCUCCCUUCCAAUUUCCCUUCCUGCAGAUUCACAAAUUUGUCCUUCAAUUGAGGAAAUGAGCAUGAAAUAUGAACUUGAAAUGAAGAAUCUGAAGCAUUUGUUGAGUGAGACGGCCAAAAUUGAUUCUUUGGAGAGCUUGAAUAUGAUUGAUGCAAUACAACGCUUGGGGAUUGACCACUGCUUCAAACAGGAGAUUAAAGCAAUUCUUCAAACACAAUACACAAUGGAAACUCACAAUUUUGAUGCUAAAUGUGGCCUUCAUCACGUUGCUCUUCGCUUUCGACUCUUCAGACAACAUGGCUAUUUUGUACCACAAGAUGUUUUUGAAGGCUUCAUCGAUCACGAGGGUCUAUUAGACACAAAAUUUAUUGAAAAUAUCGAAGGGCUCACGAGUUUAUACGAAGCUUCCCAAUUAUGCUUCCCCGAAGACGAAAAACUCGAGAAAAUUGGAAAUUUUAGUGCUCGUAUCUUGAAGAAACUUGCGUGGAAUCGCGACGAUAAUUUAGGCAAACAUGUGAGGAAAGCUGUGGCCAAUCCCUUUCAUAAGAGCUUGGUGAAAUUUGUGGUGAUGGAUUACUUUGGAUCCCAAUCUCCAAAUAAGUGGAUAUAUGUUUUCCAACCCAUGGCAAAAUUGGAUUUCAAUAGACUCCAGAACCUACACCGACUUGAAUUGUCUCAAUUCAUUAUGUGGUGGAAGAAGACAGGAUUAUGUGAAGAACUGAAGUUUGCAAGAGAUCAGCCACUUAAAUGGUACAUUUGUUCGAUGGCCGUCUUAGCAGAUCCAAUGUUUUCAGAAGAGAGAGUUGAGCUGACAAAAUCUAUAUCUUUUAUCUAUCUUAUUGACGACAUCUACGAUGUAUACGGUUCACUUGAAGAACUUAGACUAUUCACUAAAGCAAUCCAAAGAUGGGACUUGGCAGCUCUCGACGGCUUACCAAACCCAAUGAAAUUUUGCAUUAUCAAACUUCAUGAAACAACAAAUGAAAUAUGUCACAAGUUUUAUCUAAAGCAUGGCUGGAACCCAAUUAAUUCCAUACACAAAUCGUGGGUUAGCCUUUGUGAGGCGUUUCUAGUGGAAGCAGAAUGGUUUGGUUCUAGCCAUUUGCCAAGUGCCGAAGAAUACUUGGAGAAUGGAGCAGUUAGUUCUGGAGUUCAUGUUGUUUUAGCUCACAUCUUCUUUCUCUUAGGCCAAGGUGUGAGCAACGAGGCAGUUCUUUUGAGUAGCAAUCCAGACAUUGUGUCUUCCACUGCGUCAAUUCUUCGACUCAGCGAUGAUUUGGGAAGUGCAAAGGACGAGAACCAAGAAGGACAUGAUGGGUCUUAUAUAGAAUGCUAUAUGAAAGAAAAUCCAGAGAUCUCUGUUGACAGCACACGGGAGCGUAUUAGCCACAUGAUAUCCGAUGCGUGGAAGAGGCUGAACCAAGAAAGCCUGUUUUCUCCAAAUCCAUAUCCACCGACAUUUAUUCAAGCUUCUCUAAAUAUUGCUAGAUUUGUUCCUCUUUUGUAUGGUUAUGAUGAAAAUCAAGACCUUCCAACGCUAGAGAAGCUUGUGAAGUUUGUGCUUUAUGAAAGUGUAGGAGUUUAAGAGACGUUUAAGCUCUUCACCGAGCUUAAAAAAUAUAAUUGAGUCACGAAAAAGAAAAAAUAUACUACUCUUUGUUUGCAUUACCCUA